GUAUUUAUUUUUGUUUUAGUUUUGGUAGCAGAGAAGUGAAGAUCGGUGAUGGCGCGGCCGUGGAGGUGGAGGGUGCUUCUUCUCCUUCACUGCCUCCUCCAAUCCUCCCCCGUCUUCUUCGUCUCCGCGCAAGAAGGCCAAGAUAAUGAUCCCUCUAAUUUGUUCAAACGAGCAUCAGAGAUGAUGAACCUAAGGAAAUAUGAUGGAGCACUUGGUCUGCUAAAUGCCGUGUUGGAGGUUGACCCAAAUCAUUCAGAAGCUUACAGGCAGCGUGCAUCUGUGCUUCGCCACAAGUGCCGAUACAAGGAAGCCGAGGGCAACUAUAACAAAUAUCUGGAGCUAAAACCUGGAAGUUCUUCUGUGGAAAAGGAAUUAUCUCAAUUGCUGCAGGCUCAAAAUGCAUUAGAGUCUGCUUAUGGACAGUUUGAGUCUCAAGACUUCUCAAAAGUCCUGGAGUACAUCAACAAAAUUGUGCUUGUUUUUUCUUCAGAUUGCUUAAAGGCGAAGCUUCUCAAGGCUAAAGCAUUGCUAGCACUUAAAGACUACUCAAGUGUUAUCUCAGAGACAGGAUUUAUUCUGAAGGAAGAUGAAGAUAACCUGGAUGCCUUGUUGCUUCGUGGCCGAGCAUACUAUUACCUUGCUGAUCAUGAUGUUGCAUCCAGGCACUAUCAGAAAGGCCUUCGUCUAGACCCUGAACAUUCAGAAUUGAAGAAAGCAUAUUUUGGGUUGAAAAAUCUUCUGAAGAAGACUAAGAGCGCCGAAGAUAAUGCUGCGAAGGGUAAGCUACGUGUUUCUGCUGAGGACUACAAGGCAGCCCUAGCAAUGGAUCCAGAUCAUACUUCUUACAAUGUUCAUCUUUAUCUUGGGUUAUGUAAGACUUUGGUUAAACUUGGAAGAGGCAAAGAGGCUGUCAGCAGCUGUACAGAGGCACUCAACAUAGAUGGAGAACUUGUUGAUGCAUUAACACAGAGAGGUGAAGCUAAGCUUCUUACAGAAGACUGGGAAGGUGCAGUUCAGGAUCUAAAAGAGGCUGCCCAGAAAUCUCCCCAGGACAUGGGAAUCCGAGAAGCACUAAUGAGAGCUGAAAAACAGCUUAAGUUGAGCAAAAGAAAAGACUGGUACAAGAUUCUUGGCAUUUCAAAGACGGCAUCUGCUGCAGAGAUCAAGCGUGCCUACAAGAAGUUGGCACUGCAGUGGCAUCCAGAUAAAAAUGUAGAUAACCGAGAAGAGGCUGAAAACAUGUUUCGAGAAAUUGCCGCAGCUUAUGAGGUUCUCGGGGACGAAGAUAAACGUGUAAGAUAUGAUCGAGGAGAGGAUCUUGAUGAGAUGAAUAUGGGAGGAGGAGGAGGUGGUUUCAAUCCUUUUGGAGGAGGUGGUCAGCAGUACUCAUUCCAUUUCGAUGGUGGAUUCCCAGGCGGAGGGGGUGGUUUUCCUGGAGGCUUUCAGUUCAACUUUGGAUAGAAUAUCUCCCAUCUACUAUCAGUGAAGUGGAGUUGGAGUUCGUUUGUUUUAAUUAGGAGUUAUUAAUGCUGAGAGAGAGCGAGAGGACAGGUAUUGAUUGUAGGCAGGGCGACCAACACCAACCGGGAUGAGUAUACAAGUGUUGUUUUAAGCACCAUCAAAUUUUCCUCAAGCUGUAUUCUACCAUACCUUGGGAUUUUCUGACACAUUUUAUCCCAUGGAAAUAAACUGAGCCUUAUGUA